AUGUAUAAAAUAAUAGUAGCCUGUUUAUUUGUAGUUUUAGCCUCCUCCAUCAACGCUCAAUCAUGCGAUAGCACUGUUGGAUACACAACCUCCUACGAACUCUCUGCAUACAACAUCAUUCUUUCCAGCCAGGAGAAACAAGGUUCAUCUUUCUUUGAAGUUGGUAAUACUACAAUUGAUUUCCAAGGUCACAGAUUCCAAAGUAAUUAUUUAAUUGUUUCUAAUGAAAUCGGAAAAUUCGAAGCUUCGAUCUGGGGAUUCGGUGCCACCAAUGAACUUUUCAUCUACUCCAAUGGUCAGUGCUCUGUACACUCACUUGAUGUUCCAAUUCCAAGUGGAUUCCCAAUGGAACACUUGAUUGGUACUACCUUGAUUGGUCAAUUCCCAGUCAAUAUCUACGCUACUGCCUUGAACACCACUGAAACAACCGCUCAAACCGUCCUCUACGACGUAAAGACUUGUUCGGUUGUAUCUACCACCACACGUAACACUGACAAGACCAACCCAGGUUUUGCAAUCUCCAACAUGUUCAACUUUGUCAACACCUUCACUGAGUCUGCUUUUGUAUUGCCAUCGGCAUGUACCUCUUCAAUGAAGCCAGCUUUGCUCCACAAACAAAAGAUUGUUUUGCCACACUUUUUAAUUCAACAAAUUUAA